AUGGCCAACUACAAUAUUCUGUUCGAUGUUGAAUAUAUCAGGAUAAACAGUCAUGUUCUAUAUUGCGCCUCAAACCCUCAAAAGCGUAUAAGCCGUUACAAGUUUUUAGAAGAACUUGGAUACGCUUUAGUAACUCCACAUGUUAUGAAUAGAAGAUCUAUGACAAAUCUUUCAAAAGAGCUAAAAGAUAUGAUUGACAAGUUUCUCCGUGAGGUUGGUGUUGAGCUACCUGACGAUCAACCUGCACAAGGACCGAGCCAAAAUAAGAGACCAAAGAAAUCGCGCUGUCAUUUGUGCCCACGACUCAAAGACAGUAACACCCCAAGAGUGUGCUCAAAAUGUAUGAAGAAUGUGUGCCGUAAUCAUUCUGUAGACGUAAAAGUAUGUGCUAAAUGUCAGGAAAAGUAUUAA